AUGACCUUGGGAAAGGAGAUAACUCUCCAAAAUGUGAAGCAUGUGACAUACAUGAGAAGAAUCUGGUUUUCUGAUACGCUUAUGAGCAAGGCCGGAUUUGCUACCAAUUUCGAGUCUGACAUGCUUGUGCUCAAGAAACAUGGGGUUUACUUGGGGAAAGGACUUCUUCGAGACUUCGACUUCGGCCAUUUCGCUUUUCUUCAUCGUCCGUUCCGAUUCCCCAGCCUCCGACAGUCGAGAAAUCCCUUUUUCACUUUACACUUCAAAUUAAUAUUCAAUUUACACAAACUGGAAUCUUCACCCAACGGAUUCUUAGCGUCUCCUCCAUCAGAGACGUCUGCGAAUCGAUCUAAGAUGGCUUCAAAUGAAGGACCACGUUUACAUGACGGUAGUGGAUCAGAGACUGAGGAUGAUGUUACUGAAACGUCACCAACACCACCAGUGACUACAAGUACAAGUAACAAAGGCAAAGGGAAGAGAAAGAAACCAGAAGAAGAUAGCGCUAAGAAACAGGGUACAUGGUCUGAAGUAUGGGAUCACUUCUCGAGACCUGAUAAUAACAAGACAAAAGCAAUUUGCAAUUAUUGCAAGAAGAUCUUUUCAGCUCCAUCAGGCAAUGGCACAUCCAACCUGAAGAAACACUACAUGGUCUCUUGUAAGGCUUACAAUGUAUGGAAGGCUGCUAACAGUGGAAAGAAAGACCAAACCAUGUUGUCUCCUGAAGGUUCUAAUAGUCGACUUUGUAAAAUGUCUGAGAAGCUGAUCAGGGAAGCUUCUAAUGAGAUGAUGGUGAUAGCAGAGCUGCCUCUGUCGUUCAUUGAGGGCUUGGGAUGGAAACAUUUCUGCUUUAAAGCAAAGUUGCCAAAUCCGCAUUCAAGGAGAACAGCUACUAGAGACAUUGUGGAAAUGUUUGUUCAGAGGAAAGCUGUGAUGAAGAAGAUUUUGGAUGAGAAUAAGCAGAGACUGUCUCUGACUACAGACAUUUGGGUCGCACCUCAUACAGGAGCUAGUUACAUGGUUAUAACAGCUCAUUUCGUCGAUGCUUGGUGGCAAUUAAGGAAGCUUAUCAUUGGAUUCAAAAACGUCUAUGACCAUAAAGCUGCGACUAUAAGUAAGGUUCUAAUUGAUUGUUUGGCGGAGUGGGACAUCAAGCGGAUAUUCAGCAUCACUGUUGAUAACGCCACAGCUAAUAGCAAUGCCAUGGAGACAUUCAAGAAGGACUUCAAGCAGAUAGGAGAUGAUGCUUUGAUUAUGAACGGUGACUUUCUCCAUUUAAGAUGCUCUACUCAUAUCAUUAAUUUGAUAGUGAAAGAAGGUCUGAUGGAGAUAGUUGACAGUGUUAAUGCCAUCCGCAAUGGCAUCUACUUUGUCAGAUCUUCCACGCCUAGGCUCAAGGCAUUUGAGAAUCAUGUGGAGUCAAGAAGGAUUCUAAGAGGAAGUUUGCCUCUAGAUGUGAAGACAAGAUGGAACUCGACUUACUUGAUGUUAGAGCAAGCUUUAAAGUUCAGAACGGCAUUUGACAAGAUGCAUGAGGUCGAUUUUCCUUAUAUCAAGUAUUUCAAAGAUACCGUGGAGGGAAAAAAGAGGGUUGGGCCACCAGUGAAAGAUGAUUUUGAUUCGGUUGACAGGUUAGUCAAAUUUCUCAUUAUCUUCUAUAAAGCGACUUUGGUUCUCUCGGCUUCAAACACUGUCUCCUCUCACAAGUUAUAUCAUGCAAUAGUGACUAUGAGUACAAACAUCUCUCAGCUACAUAGUAGUCCUGGUUCUGAUGAAGCUCUACGUGAGAAAGCUUUCUCAAUGCAUAUGAAACUAAGCAAGUAUUGGGAUCCACUUGAUAAUAGAGUAGAGAUGAACAAGUUGAUAUUUGUAGCAGCCGUUUUUGACCCAAGCAAGAAAAUGGUGUUUGUUGAGAACAGUUUUGACAAGCUCUAUGGUAAAGGUACCAAAUCUGAUGAUCUGAAGGAGGAAGUGAGAGAUAUUUUGAAGAGUCUGUUUGAAGAGUAUAGUAGCGCAGUAGAGAAGAAUUUAGGUGGUGAAUCAGGUUCAUUAUCACAGCAGUCAAACGAAGUGUCUACUAGUUCUGCUAGGUCUAGAGAAGAAGCUUCUCAAACGGUUCUUGGAAGUGGUCUACAUUAUGAAAGCAUGAAUGACAUUUACAGGGAGCUUGUUGACACUGGAGGUUUUCAAGAGAAACAGAAUGAGUUAGAUUUAUAUUUGAAAGAGAAGCUUGAGAAUCCAGCUACUUUUGAUGGGACAGAUUACGAUGUGCUUUCUUGGUGGAAGGUGAACAUUUCAAGAUUUCCGGUUCUCUCCGUGAUAGCUAGAGAUAUACUUGCAAUGCAAGUGUCUUCAGUUGCUUCAGAAUCUGCCUUUAGUACCUCAGGAAGAGUUUUAGAACCAAGUAGAAGCUGCUUGACUCAUUACACAAUUGAAGUUUUGAUGUGUCUUGAGCAAUGGAUGAAGUGUGAACUUAGACUGAAUGACAAAUUGGUGAAAAAGGAACAGCUGCUUGCGGAUGUUGAGGUUCAAGAUAAUCUUAUGAGAGAGUUUGAACCGGCAUUUACCUUCAGCGCACCUUGA